UUCGUUGGCAUGUCAUAGCGGCAAGGCAUGUUUGAAGCGCCAUGGCAUGCUCUUUGGCUCUGCGAUUGCCGCUCCUGGCGGGACUGAGCUUCAUCUUUCUCAGAAGUGACUCUCAGAUUGACGACCUCUCAGAACCUCUGUUUGUAGGUCAUUUGAAUAAAUGCAAGAAGGAUGGUCAGAUUGUCCCAUGUUGGCCGGGGUCAGACGCUUGUGGAGCGCCAUUUAAGGAUGCUCCGAGCUUUCAUCUCAUGAGUCAACAUGGCUGUGCCGAAAACGAUCCCAAUGGCCCAGUGUUUGAUCCUGUCCAUGGGGUGAUCCACCACUUCUACCAAGCCCACUUGGCUGCGAAUGAAGGGGUAGGACCCAUCUAUGGUCAUUUCGUGUCCAAAGAUUUCGUGCAUUGGACCGAACUACCCGUGGCCAUUUGGAAUGGCCUCGACACAUCUUCUGAGCCUCCACGACAGACCUUUUAUGACACCGUGGCCAUCUACACGGGCAGUGCGCUUGUGCUUCCCGGCGCCGGGCCCAGCGGAGCUCCGGGCAUUGUGCAGAUCUAUCCAGGACUUUGUGAUGCGCGCUGGCCUGAAUGCAAGACCGGCACACUGCUGGCUCAAGCUGUACCGGCCGACUAUUCGGAUCAGCUGCUGACGAACUGGACGAAGCCUCUUUUCAAUCCGAUCAUGGAAAAUGUGCAGCGCGACCCCACCACACCCUGGGAAGAAGCCACGGGCGAAUGGAGGCUGCGCACCUUUGACGGCGAGUUCUAUGGAUCUGCCAGCGAUGCAGAUUUGUUGAAGGGCAAAUGGUAUCGACUGGGCGCAGGAGACCCAAAGAUGUGGCCCACCUGUGAAUGUCCCAGUUUCUUUCCCCUUCCAGGGGUCACCCCCGGCUUUGAGAUCGCCGGCUUGGGCCGUCCGUGGCCGAGCCAUGUCCAGAAACUCAGCUGUGAAGGUCACGACUGGUGGAUGAUUGGAAGCUACACGCUUCCCAACAGGUCGGCCCCGGGCAAUUUCAGCCCCACCGUGGGCUGGGAAGAUCUCUUUAAGCCCCAGCUGAUUGAUGCGGGGGCCUUCUAUGCCUCCAAGGAUGCGCUCUACCCCAGCAAGCAGGGCCUCGAGCGACGAAUCAAUUGGGGCUGGGCACAAGUCAGACCCAAUAGCACCCAGAGCCUUCCUCGUGUGAUCACCUUCAAUCCUCGGGCACGUUUGCUAGAGCAAGCUCCACUACCUGAGCUCGAACAACUCAGAGGAAGCAAGCUAGUGCAGCAAAGCGCCGAGGUGAGUGCCUCUGCUCCCUUGCUGGCGAGGCUGCCGUUCCGCAGUGCUCUUCGAAGCGAGACCAUCGUGCGCUUCACCUUGCCCCAAAGCAAUGCCAUCCUUCGAGUAGGCUUUUCGCCAUCGCCACAUUUUGCGUGGAUGGAAUCCAUGGGUUUCUCAGGUCCCGAUGUCACCGUGACGAAAGUGCCGGAAAGUUCGAAGGUCUACGGUGCACAGUACUUGUGUCAAAGCUCCUGCGAAGAGGACAGUGGUUGCCUCGCCUGGUCCUUUGUUCAUCAAAGCGCUACUUGCCAUCACAAAGCUGCCGUGGAAGAGGUGACCGUAGCGCAGCAGAGCGUUUCAGGAGUGAAGCAAAGCCUUCCACCCUUGUCUUGUGCUGUGUUCUACGAAGCCGUCGAAUCCAAAAGAGACAUGGAGGCGAUCUGCGGAGAUAUCAAGGCUCCAUUGCGUCUGUUGGCCGGUGAGAAGAGCCUGGAACUUCGCAUCUUUGCGGAUGCCACAUUUCUAGAAGUCUUCUUCCAAAACGGCCGCUUAGCCAUGACCGUGCCCUAUGCUCCUCCGAUCUCCUCUGAGCUGAUGAUCAGCUCGACUGUGGAGACCUCUGCAGAAGUGUCAGCAUAUGCGAUGAAGAGCAUUUGGGUGAAUGAAGAAUACGUCCGCAAACAAUCUCGUGUCUAUCCUCGCAGCGUUGACCUCUGGAGCUGAGAUGUAAGCGUUUUCCGAUAUACUGUACUAAGCUACAUGUAUGCUG